GUAAUAAAAGACACACGGCAGGAAAUUCAACACUUUGGGUGAGUGAGUGGCUGCUGAGACAAAAGUAACUGGAAUAGCAACACGAUGAAGAGCUUUCUUCUACUCAUCCUUUCAUUGAUCACAGGCUGUGAGGCAUCAUCUGAAGUACAAGGAUGCCUUAAAGGAUGGUUUGAAUUCAACUGCACAAAUUCUGACCCAAAGGAACAAAUUAUUGUACAUAUGCCCAAACAAAAACCCAUAACAAACAACCCAGGGGAUACAUGUGAAAAAGACAAGAACUUUUGCCUGUACCGGGAUAAAUUAAAUAAAAUUCUCACGGUGGUUGUCAACAAACUUGAAAAGCGUGACUUUGGGGAUUAUUGGUGUAAAAUUGGCAAGUCAUCACCUAAAAUAGAACUUGAAGAUGAAAAGCGUGGUUGCCAGACAAAGCUUUUUCAAACCGUUUGGGCAACAGCUACAACCAACUUCACGUGUGACAGAAUAAAAACCUCCAGGGUUACUUUUCUUUGCAAAAAAGAUGGUUUCAAGUGUACAGAAAUGAUAUGGACACUGUCUACUACAGUGUCAAAUGGAAAGUUUACGCUCACAGUCAGCCCACACGUCUUCACCAUAGAGAUCAGACACGUUUCUGCACAGGACGCUGGAGUCUACUGGUGUGGACUAAGAUCACAACGUGCAGGUCGAUAUCACCGAACUGCACUCAAAGAAAUACAGCUGGAGGUUCAAGAGUCUCCACCUUCAACAACACCGUCCAUCCACCCGAGGACUCCUUCUUCUACUCCAUAUUCUACCUCCUCUUCCCAGUCAACCACUGCGUCUGUUGAGAGAAAGGAUAUCUCUUGGUUAAUUGGAGUCAUUGCUGCUGUCACAUGUGUGGCUGCGACGGGGCUUCUUGUCUUCAUCUGUAGACGUGCCGAGGGUUUAAAGAACACAGCAAAUGAAGGAGCUAAGAAUGAGGAUCACUGUUAUGCAGAGAUACAAGAGCUCCCCCAGAAGUCAGACUCAGGAACUACACCAAAAACGGUCUAUGCCACCACCAUCUUUAGCCUCACGCCCUACUCCGUCGUCCAGCUUCCAAACAGCUCUGGUGACAUGUGGUCCACAGUGACAGGCGACGAGCAGGCUCACACCUACUCCACUGUCAAUGAGCCACCCAAGCUCACUGACACCGCCCUUUGUUACACCCUCAACAAACCACAGCAGCAAUGAGGAAGCGUAGAUGUUUUUAUAUUCCCUUCUAUGAGAGACUAAGUGUUUCUUCAGAGGAACAGAAACAGCAGAAACAAUCCUUCCGUAUCAGCUGGGUUUCAUGUUCAUUUUCCGUAUGUUUUAUUGCAUGUAAUUAGCUAAUGUGGCUGCAGACAGAAUGUCUUUUUGUUUAUUGUUUAUUACUAUCAUGUUUCAGUGUAAACCAUACAACAUAAAAUACAUACAACAACAGCUGGUGGAGCCUGGAGACAUAGACAAAUGCAAAUGUAAAAAUAUUACAUUAGAGUAGAUCAAAUUGGCUUUUAUAUAGUUUAAAAUAUAUAUAUAUGGCAGGGACCUAAGUAAUUGAGUAAUUUCAACUCUUCAAUUCUUCAUAUUAUUUAAGGGUUUAGUUCUGAAGAAUUUACAUUUUGUGGAUUAGAAAAUUUGCAGGAAGAAGAAGAAGCUUGACCAGAGUUUAUUUGACCUAAU